AUGUGCUUGUCCGAAGUGCCGUUCUUCUACGUUUCGGGACCUUUGAUCCGGAAAAUUGGACCGAGAAACGUAGUGGCCCUGUCCCAGAUCGGAUACAUCGUGCGGUUAGUCUACUACUCGGUUCUGUCGGACCCAUGGUGGGUGCUUCCGGCGGAACUUUUGCAUGGCCUAACGUUUGCUGCUAUGUGGGCAGCCACGACCGACUAUGCCCACGGGAUUGCGCCAGGUAUGGGCUAG